AUGGAGGCAUUACAUGUGGCUACGGUCACAACGAAUGCCCAGGGGCUCUUCAAAGGUUGCAAGUUGCCCAACAAUGGUCCUACCAUUUCCCAUUUAUUAUACGCGGACGACGUUUUGUUUGUUGGUGAAUGGCCCGACUCAAAUAUUCACAAUCUUGCAAGAAUCUUGAGAUGCUUUAACCUAGCCUCCGGUCUCAAGGUCAAUUUCAACAAGAGCCAACUCUUUGGCAUCGGUUUGAAUUGUGAUUUGGUUGAGCAAAAGGCUUCAAUUCUUCAGUGCAAGAUGGGUGUGCUUCCUUUUACCUACUUGGGGCUUCCAGUGGGUUUGAACAUGGGCUUGGUAAAAAACUGGAAACCGAUAAUAGAUAGAUUUGAAGAUAAACUCUCGAUAUGGAAAGCUCGUACACUAUCUUUUGGGGGAAGAGUGACACUUAUACAAGCCGUGUUAGGGAAUCUUCCAUCCUACUACCUAUCCCUGUUUUCCGCACCGUCCCUUGUGUUGAAAUGUCUUGAAGGCAUACGUCGUAAAUUCCUAUGGGGUGGCUGUACGGAUAAAAAUAAAAUUUGUUGGGCUCCGUGGCAUAAAGUUGUAGCUCCAAAAAACAACGGGGGUAUGGGGAUUGGUAGUUUGGACUCUCUGAAUAAAUCCCUUAUGAUUAAAUGGGCCGUUCGGUUUAAGAAUGAGCCCACCUCACUGUGGGCCUCGGUUAUAUCAGCAAUACAUGGUGGAGGGCGUUGUCUGUCUUACAUCCCUUUGAAGUCCUCCAUAAGCGGAGCAUGGAAGUCAAUCGUCAACAUGGGCCGAUUCUCACCAAAUCAACCUAUCAAAGUGCAGGAAAGACUUACACCGAUAAUUGGUAUAGGGGACAAAGUAUCGUUUUGGUUGGAUAAUUGGGCGGCUGAGGUACCCUUGCGGGUUCUAUUCCCUAACUUGUUCGCAAUUGAAACCGAGAAGCAAUGCAAAGUAAUGGAUCGUUACACCUACAACCAAGGAAAAGUGGUAUGGUUUUGGGGCAGUGAGCAUACAAUUAGCAGCAAUGACUUGGCAAUUGAAUGGGGGGAAUGCUUGGCUAUGAUAGAGAAGGUCAAUAUACAGUUGAAGUAUGACAUUUGGCAAUGGAAGACAGGUGCAGAGGCAGGAGGGAUUUUACGGUCAGUAAGCUCAGAUCGGAGUUGGAUCACAUCGACACCAUGA